AUGGAUCCAAUGUUCUUUCCAUCCUCCAACGGAGUUCCUUCAGAGAGUAAACUGGCAACGUACAUGAGUCGCCAAAAUGGAACGACUGCCGCGUACGGUCUGCCGAUGGGGCUCUCCAAGAUUACACUCGAUUCUCCUAUAUCGCUCAAAAAAACACAGGUGACCCCACAGUCGCCAGAAUUCAUUCCAAACAAUCGACUGAGCACGUCCUCGUCGCCGAAUUUCUACUCGUCCUAUUCGAUACUUAGCAGCAACAAUGGCACCGCCGGCAGCAACGGUUCGGUCGUGGCCACCGCCCAACCGUCCCAGCAAUCGACCGUCGUCCCGACGGUCAUAUCCUCCGUGGUAAAGAGUGCCGUCAGUAACGGUGGCUACGUUGGGCCCGGUAGUGGUGGUGGUGGCGGCGCAGUACCCGGCAAUAUACUGGCCGGUGCACUCAGCAGCGCAUCCGCCUUUGCGGUCACUCCAAUCAAGGGACGAAACCUGCUGCGAAACGAAUCACCGCAAAGUACUAAUACAUCCCCCCGUAUUACGCCCCAACCUUCACCACCGCCAAUUACCACCAACAUUCAUCAAGAAAAUGUGGGUGGCACUACGUACUUUUACCCAACGGCAGCCAACCAUCAAUUAACGCCGAGCAGUACAGUUAACACGACUGAUAACUCCUUUGCCCACAUAGCAAGCUCACAAAUUAAUCUAAGUUACACACAUCCAGGACACGUUUACCCGGGACCUGCUUCGCACGUUAUCAAUAUGCAAUCGAAGGCACAAGUGUCGGCUGCCUUCUUCAUGCAGGACGAGCUGAGAAACGAUAUUUUAGCGCGAAACGAAAUCGUCAACAGUAUCGAAAACGACAGUCAAGAUAUACCUCUUGAAGUGGAAAACUAUCACUCGCUGUGUUUGCUCGAGUCAUUGCCGCUUCAUCCGAAGCUUCCACUACCGUCGUCCACGUACCGGGCAACGCAUGCCGUGACCGGCGUCAAGUACUGCCUACGGCGUCUUCACGGUUUUCGUCUACAGUCCACCAAGUGUAUGCAGGUGGUGGAUAAAUGGAAAAAGUUACAACACUCUAACAUUGUGCAGCUACGCGAAGUGUUUACUACGAAAACUUUUGGUGAUAAUUCUUUAGUAAUAGUGUACGACUAUCAUCCUGGCUCACAAACGCUGCUAUCAAAGUACUUUGCAUCCGUACCCGAAACAAACGGUUAUACCGAUCCGUUCGCCGGAGAAGCUCGUCCUUUUAGCCACAAAAGUUCUCUACAUCGUACGGCCGCCACGUCACUCCUGCCAGAAAAUGAAAUAUGGUCAAUUAUCAUACAGCUGAGUGCGGGCUUACGUGCGAUACAUCAGGCUGGAUUAGCUUGCCGAACGUUGGAUCCGACAAAAAUCAUUGUUACUGGCAAACGGAUACGUUACAGUUGCGUGGGCAUAUCGGAUAUUUUCACCUUCGAUCCUAACCAACAAAAUCAGCUGUCGGUAUUAGAUCAUCAGCAACAGGAGGAUCUUCUGGCACUAGGAAAGCUAAUACUAGCAUUAGCUUGCCGUUCCCUACAAUCGGUCCAACGGGAUCAAAUUCAAAGCAGCGUCGAGCUAGUAUCUCGUCAUUACUCGUCAGAUCUUAGAAAUAUUCUAAUAUGUCUUCUGAAUACAAACACCCGCCGCUCGGUGACGGAGAUCAUGCCCAUGAUCGGUGCCCGAUUUUAUGUGCAGCUCGAUGCCCUGCAAGCCCAAUGUGAUAUUCAGGAGGAUGAACUAGCGAAGGAGAUGGAAAACGGUCGGCUUUAUCGGCUGCUGGUGAAGCUCGGUUGUAUCAACGAACGGCCAGAACUCAACCUGGACGUAACGUGGUCCGAAACUGGAGAUCGUUACAUGUUGAAGCUGUUUCGCGACUAUCUCUUCCACACCGUCACCGAGGAUGGACGCCCGUGGCUGAAUCAGUCCCAUAUCGUACAGUGCCUCAACAAGCUGGACGCUGGCACGAUGGAAAAGGUUCAACUUAUGUCCCGUGACGAACAAUCAGUAUUAGUAGUGACCUAUGCUGAGCUGAAGCACUGUCUCGAUCAGGCAUUUUCUGAGCUGGUAGCAGCCAGCGAAGGUUCCGUCUAGUGGCCAACAAGCUUCCCCGCGGUGACACGGUG